AUCAAACUGAUGGACUUUCUGGUCUACUCUUAAGAGGAAAUAGUCUUUAUUAGUUCACGGGUCCUUUAUUUUUGUCCCUCUCAACUUCAACUACUAUUCAAUUUCCCAAUCAAACCAACUCUUAUGAAAACCUCAAGUCCUUAAAAUUUGGCAAACUUCAACAUCUCGUUCUCCUUUAAAACUCCAUCUUCAAAAAUCAUACACAUAUACUGGACAACUAUGGACUGGUUUUCAUGGCUCUCCAAAACUAGCCUUGACCCUUCUCUUCUUUACGACUAUGCUCUUAUUUUUGCUCACAAUGAACUUGACCAAGAUGACAUAGAGUAUUUCAACCAUGAAUUUCUCCUAAGCAUGGGCAUUUCAAUAGCCAAGCAUAGGCUAGAAAUACUCAAGCUUGCUAGUAAGGAAAAGAGCAGAAGCUCAAGAAAUCAUAUCUUUUGGUUUGUUGUAGCUAUCAAGCAAGCAAAGCAACAUUUUGUUAAGCGCUUGAGCACAUGGACUCGUCGAUCAGAUUCUGGUGCCCUGGUGCCUCUGAGAAAUUAUAGUUCAAGAUGGAAGGCAUCUAUGCUGAAGAGGAACAAGAAGUUAACUGCAGCUAAACAAGAAAGACCAGUAAUGCAGAGUACUAAUGCUACUCCUAAUCAAGGAAGAUUGAUGAUGCUUACCAAUGGGAGUCCCAAUCUCAUGAUAGAUUCUUCUGAUGCCUGGAUUAGAAGCUCUUCAAGUUCCCCUGUUCAGGGUUUUCGCGACGAUGAUGACAUGGAAGGAAUUGAUGGGGGGAAUUGGCCAACUGUUGCGAUUGAAGAGAUAAAGUGGGAUGCAAUGUUUCAAGACUUGAAACCUACCUAAGUUACUAUCCUCAUGUUUUUUCUUCCUCUAGAUACCUUCCACUUUCAAGUGUUUUUGGGAAUUGGUGGAUCAUAUUAUUCUGAACUAAUUGCCUAUAAGCAGCAGAAUGCAAUGUUUUUUUUACUAUACUGAACUUCAUAUCUUAGAUUGCUAUUAUGGUGACACACAAUUCUAUUCAAAUAAUUAUUUCGUAAAAA